AUGCCUACAGUCGAAACAAAAGAUGAAACAGCCUAUGACGCAUUGACAGCAUGCGAGCCGGUCCCAAUAUGGCUCGAUUGUGAUCCGGGCAAUGAUGAUGCCUUUGCAAUUCUCCUUGCAGCCUUGCAUCCGCGCUUCAGAUUGGUUGGUAUCUCUUCUGUGUACGGCAACGUUCUGCUAGAGCGCACCACUUUCAACGCUUUGGCGAUACUCAAUGAGUUGAAAUUUAGACAGGAUGACGUAAAGGUCUAUUCGGGCGAGAAGCAUCCCUUGCUCAUCGACGCUCCUGAUGCUGCACACAUUCAUGGACAGACUGGAAUGGGGGAUGCAGUGUUGCCUGUAAGCUUAGACAUACAUGAAUCGAGCGACAAGUCUUACCUUGAAGCAAUGAAGGCGGCUGUAGAGGAGUAUGAGCAGAAGAUCUGUUUUGUUUGCACGGGCACUUUGACCAAUAUGGCCACCUUUGUAGAACGGUACUCUGAAGUGACUUCUAAGAUCCGUUUGGUCUCAAUUAUGGGAGGCGCAUUCAAUAUGGGAAAUAUCACUCCUUACGCAGAAUUUAAUAUUUUCUGUGACCCUCAUGCUGCAAGGAUUGUAUUUGCCCACCCUCACUUCAUGAACAAGAUCGUCUUGGUACCACUCAAUUUGACCCAUACAGUCCUUGCUACCCCGAAAGUGAUGAGUAGAAUUUACAAUCCCGCUGGGCCUAACAAUUCUCGUUUAAGAGAGUUUUUCUCUGUUGUGUUGCAAUCUUAUGCCCACAAUUACAAAGCGGCAUAUCCCUCUUGCCCAGGCCCUCCUAUCCAUGAUCCCAUUGCUCUCUUCGCUAUUCUUCCCAUGCUCGAUCGCUCAAAUCCGCUUUCGGAUGAUUUCACUGAGAAAUGCGAUUUCCGCUACAUUCAAAGACAGGUUGAUGUUGUUCUUGAAGGUAAGAAAUUGGGACAAACUGUCAUGAUCAAUGAUAAUAUGGAUCCGCUUAAAAUGGAGGAGGGAGGUGUAUACAUCGCUCAAAAUAUUAGUGCUGCUGCUUUCUGGGAAUCUAUUUAUUUGGCAUUACAACUUGCGGACGAAAGAGUCGCCAAUGAUAAUGUUGAUUAUGCAUGA